UUGACCCCACAUCACUACAAAAAGGCCUGUCAUUGAAAUAAGUCAUCAGAUUCUUCUAAAGAAGAAACUGAAAGAUUUUAGUAUCUGAUCUAUUUCCUUGUCCAUCAAAACUUCCAAGACCUUAACUAUAUUUCACUCUCUCUGUUUCUCUCACUGUCACUCUGUCGAAAUGGCAAAUGGGUGUGAAAUAUUCUGCGAGAUUCUGAUCGCCAUUUUGCUCCCUCCUUUGGGUGUUUGUCUCCGCCAUGGUUGCUGCAGUGUUGAGUUCUGGCUCUGUGUGUUGCUGACUAUUCUGGGUUACAUCCCUGGAAUAAUAUAUGCUCUCUAUGUCAUUGUGUUUCUACAUCGUGAUGAGUACUUCAGUGAAGAAAGGCGUCCUCUUUACGCUUCCGCUUAGAACUGAUAGAGUUCUGCAUCAGCUUGCUCCAGUGUUGGCGAUGUUAUAUUCCCGUACUAAUUUAUCUGCGAAAUUCCAUUUUGUUUAGCAUUAUAAUCUGUAUUUUCAAUGCAUACUGCUCUUGAUCUUUGGUUCUUAUCUUGUGUACGCUUUAAGUUGACGAUGUUUAACUUUUUCAGCAUGCAAUUAAUCAACUAUGGUAA